UUUGAAUUUACUUCCGGGGUGCUGCGUGUGGGCGGGGCUACGGAUACUGACGCACGAGCCGCCAAAAUCCAAACUUCUAAAUAGCAAAAUAACCUAACAGGGAAAUACAUCAAACCAUCGAAACAUGGAGGUAUCAUCCACGAAAGGGGUUUUGAGUCACCUGAGUCUGCUGGAAGUUCAGGCCAGAAGUCGUAAGACCCGACCUCAGCAGUCGAGUCGUAUAAAGGAGCUGAAAGCUAAAGUUGAAGCGUUGAGGAUCCAGAGAGACCAGCUGAGAGCAGAGAUAGAGACACACAAGAAUCUCCAGAAAUUGAGGGCGUCUAUGGACAAACAGUGUGCAAAUGGAGAAGAAGAAGAACCAGAGGAGGAGGAGGAGAAAAUGGAUGCAGACUCUGAAAACUCACAACUCCUGCGACUUAUGGCCAGACACACACAACUGAAAGACCUCCUACAUGCUCAUCACAUCAUCGGUGGGUACAACGUCACAAAGACAACUCAUGGCAGAGGAGUGUGUGUGUCUCUGGCCACAGCCUAUGAAGGUGUCUACUUAGAAACCUACAAUGUGGAGCUCAACGUGAAGCCGAGGAUGAGGAUCACUCGUCACAAUGUUCCCCCGUUCAUUCCCUUGAACAGCCUGGCUGAGCAGAGCGACAUGCAGACAGACAUCACAUCCUUUUUGGACUCUCUUAGCAGACAUCUCAACGGCUUUGCUGGUCGCAAACAGCAGCUGAAGCUUGUUAAGGAACUCCACAAGUCCGUGGAGGUGAUGGAGAGUAACGUUUUGUGUUCAAUUCUGGUGAUGCUGUUGACCGUGCCAAGAAAGAAAACACAUGUUCUCUGCACGCUGGAAUACACCGACCACACCAGAUGUCUCCCCACACGAGUCCACUGUGAAUGUGAAGUGGACAAGGAGCUCCCUGAUUCUCCAGAAUGGAAGAACAACUGCAGCCUGCUCAUGGAGACUCCUGUGCACACAGCUUUGACGACCAUGAGGAAUAUGGAUAUUAUUGUGUAAUAUUAUCUCAACAUAAUUGUUAAUUAUGUACAUUAUUGUAGUUUAUAGUAAGACACUGCUCUUCCUUGAAGUUGCAGAUUUGGAAGUAUUAAACAGUUAGAAGAAGGUUCCUCUAUGGAGGUUCCACUUGUACUUGCAUGUUGCUUUUGUCCUUAAUCUUGUCAAUAAAUGCUGACACCCUCUGGUGUAAAGUCUCCAUUUCAAA